UGCUUUUAAUUAAUAAGCUAAUUGUGUCAAUAUUGAGCAAACUAUGUUUUGGUUGAACACUAGAAGCUUUACUGUUCAUUAAAAAGACCUUUUUUAUGUAAGUGAUUUGGAUGAAAAUCUCCACGUACUCGGCACAAGUCACAGAAAUAAACAGUUUAAACAGACUCUCUACACGGCGGCUGAUGUGCAUUCUGCUGCUUAUGGGCAUGAAACAGGGGUUUUAGCAUUACUGUGUUAACUACCAUCACCUGGUGUGAGGAGACGCUCCUUCUCACUGAAAAUACUUCAGCACAGAAGCUUGGCUUUGGCACUGGACGUCCUGCAGCUGCAGUUAGUGUGUAUGUGUCUGGAUUGGCUCCCGUUUGCUCAUCUGUUGUGUGUAAAGCUCAGUCUCAGUAAUUCAUCCACCUUCAGUUAUUUUUUCUAUUUAUGUUCUCUCUAUCUUUUUUUAUUGCUUCAGGAGCUUUGAAAGAUUCUCCUGCUGUAGAUUUGUUCACAGAUGAGGAUUGUGUAAACGGUGAAGUGUGUUGCUUCCUGCAGGUCACGCAGACAACUACUCGCCCGCUUCCUGACACUGGGGGUCUCGGGUGUUUUCCUGUAGCUGUAGCUUCAGGCUGUUUCAUUGUCAGGACGUGGGUUUCCCACUUGGGCUUUAACACUUGAGGGGAUUUACUGAAGUCUAUAAAAAUCUAACAACUGGACAAAUAUCCAACAAAAUACACUGGUGUUUUAUUAUAGGAAAUUUAUUAUUACCAAUUAAAUUGUUGGUUCAGUGUCAGAAAUGCCCCAUGCUUGUUUCAAUAGCCACUUUAUAAGCUAUGCCUAAUACGAGUCCAGCUCCCAUCGUCACUCUUCUGACAGCGUCAAAAAUUAGAGAGGAAUUAGAGCAGAGGUCUGGGUUCAGUUGUACCUAAUAAAGUGGCCAGUGAGUGUUAAUAUAGGAGGAGAUACUCUCUCUCUGCCUGUCAAACACUAACUCAGACCAACACACACGUACACACACCUGUCCAGUUCCCAGUCCAGCUCCCAGUCCGAGCUGACUCAUGCACACAUUUUACUGCAGAUACUGGAUUCUGUGAGUGAUCAUGACAGGUAAAGGUUUCAGGUGUUAAAUAUUUGAUCAGCCCGGUCACAUGGCGUCAGGUCUGAAUGAUUAACACUGCGGUCUCUGCUCGUCAGCGUUUCCUGCAGGUCUGCAGAGGACGGGGACUGGACCAGACACCUGCCGAACCUCUUCACCAGGAUAAACGCAGCCAUUUCUUAGUCUAGAUCUGUUCAACGUGAUGAGCCUAGUCGCAGCCAGGAGCAGACGGCUGAUGAGCAGCACCUUGACGAAGGCAUAAGCACUAAAGCGGUGAUGGCAGCGUGGCUGGGCCGGCUGUCGCUGGGCGACGCUUGGUACAACAUGUACUCCCGCCUGCUGCGGACCAAACCCGUGGGCUCCAUGGGGCAGAGCUCUGAUGACCUGACGGUGCUGGCCGAGGGGUCGGCGGUUGGGCUGGCCAAGGUCCUGACCACCGUGGACCUGGUGUCGCUGGGGGUGGGCAGCUGCGUUGGCACGGGGAUGUAUGUGGUUGCCGGGCUGGUUGCCAAGGCGAUGGCUGGACCCGGGGUCAUCCUGUCCUUCAUUAUCGCAGCGGUGGCCUCCAUCCUGUCAGGUGUUUGUUACGCCGAGUUUGGUGUCCGGGUCCCUAAGACGACCGGCUCGGCCUACACCUACAGCUACGUGACGGUCGGAGAGUUUGUGGCAUUUUUCAUUGGCUGGAACCUGAUCCUGGAGUAUCUGAUCGGCACGGCCGCGGGGGCGUCGGCUCUGAGCAGCAUGUUCGACUCUCUGGCCAAUCACAGCAUCAGUAACUACAUGAUAACGCACCUGGGCACGCUCAGAGGCCUCGGUAAGGGUGAGGACACGUACCCGGACCUGCUGGCCCUGUUCAUCGCCCUGCUGGUCACGCUGGUCAUUGCUCUCGGCGUGCGUAACUCCGUGGGCUUCAACAACGUCCUGAACGUGGUCAACGUGGUGGUGUGGGUCUUCAUGAUCGUGGCCGGGCUCUUCUUCCUGUCCGCCAGCAACUGGGAGGGAGGCAACUUCCUCCCCUACGGCUGGUCUGGGGUGAUGCAGGGAGCAGCGACGUGUUUCUACGCCUUCAUCGGCUUCGACAUCAUCGCCACCACGGGGGAGGAGGCCAAAAACCCCAACACCUCCAUCCCGUACGCCAUCACCGCCUCGCUGGUCACCUGCCUCACGGCCUACGUGUCGGUGAGCGCGAUCCUGACGCUCAUGGUUCCCUACAACCUGAUCGACGGCUCCGCUCCUCUCAUGGAGAUGUUCGCGGACCACGGCUUCCUGUGGGGGAAGUACACGGUGGCUGUGGGCUCCAUCGCCGGACUCACGGUGUCUCUGCUGGGCUCCUUGUUCCCCAUGCCCAGGGUCAUCUACGCCAUGGCCCGAGACGGGCUGCUGUUCAGGUUCCUGUCCCACGUGUCUGCGCUCACACACACUCCCACGGUGGCGUGCGUGGUGUCCGGGAGCUUCGCCGCUCUUCUUGCUCUGCUGGUGAGUCUCAGAGACCUGAUCGAGAUGAUGUCCAUCGGCACCCUGCUGGCCUACACCCUGGUCAGCGUGUGUGUGCUCCUGCUGCGCUACCAGCCCGACGACCACACUGACACGCACCAGUUCACCUCCGACGAGGACGCGGACGUGGACGAGCUCAAGCACCAGGACGACGGGGCCGUACCCGUAAAAGACGACAGGAUGCUGAUCGAAGAGUCGGAGGGCGACGGCGCUUCGUCCUACCACAGCGGGGGGGCAGAGGGGGAGGGGGACGCCUCCGACGUCCACACGGGCCAGGCCCCCCUGCUUAAGCGGCUGCUGGGAGGCCAUUACUACACGCUGCGGCUGCGUCUGGGGAUGCCCGACGCCUCUGCACGUCCCACCCCGGCAACGGGCCGCGUAGUAACCCGAUGCACCAUCCUCCUCUUCCUCAUGUCCUUCCUCCUCUGGUCCACCGUCAUAUUUGGUUUUGAGGAGCGAAGUGGGGUGGCGGCGGCGAUUUCAGGCCUGACGGCUGUGCUGAUGGCCGGCUCCAUGGCCAAGCUGUUGGUCACCAUCAUACGGCAGCCAGAGAGCCCCCGGAGGCUGCCCUACAUGGCGCCCUGCGUGCCGUUCGUUCCCGCGGCGGCCAUAGUGGUCAACAGCUACCUCAUGCUCAAACUGUCCUCGCUCACGUGGGCCCGUUUCACCAUCUGGUGCCUCAUCGGUCUGCUGAUCUACGCCUGCUACGGAGUGUGGCACAGCACCCUGGAGCUGAGCGCCCGCGAGCAACAGGCCCACGCCAGCUCCUACCAGCGCUACGACGAGCACCUGGACGACAGCUUCUCCCCCGACGCUGACCUCUACCCCCAGGAGCAGGAUGACAGACCCUACCAGGGCUGGUCCGCCCCCGAGGAGAGGGGCUACCAUCACCAGCAGGGGGACCAGUACAACGAGCAGGGUGAGGGGCAGCAUGACAGCCAGUACGAGGACUACGGAGACCAGUAUGGAUACCAGUCCGGACCAGCAGGCCAGUACAUGAACUCAGGCAGCGGGUCCAAGGGAAGGACCAAUCACGGGUUUGAUGCAGGUGUAGAAGACUGAACAGAAGCUUCAUACGUUUGUGACUUGGUUUGGUGGAACCAGAUGUGACAGUGAACCUCCACCAACAUCUUUGCAUCUUACUCUCAGGCUGAAGGUGGACGAUAAUGAUACAGACGACCAAGGGACCAACCAGGCCCACGAGGUCAGGUUGUCUCAAAGUCAGGGCUCAGUUAGCACAAUGAUCCUAGAGGGACAAAACCAUAACAACACCAAAGGACAGCAAGUACAACGUUACAGCCUAGAAUAGACACAGACCUACAGAGAAAAUGUCACGAUGGAAACAAUAAGAAUGAGUCGUUCAAUUAUGAUUUGUUUAAAAUUAUGAGUCAGAAAUCUGGACUUAAAGAAGCUUCAAAUGUCCCUUUAACUGGACUUAAACUCUAGACCUUGAAUGCAGCACAGCCGUCAGCCGACCUCUAGUUUUUUAUGUGUGUGCUUUGUUUACAGUCAGAACCUUCUGCCUGUUUGCUUUGGCGUUUUUCUGCUCUGCUAAUGUGCUCGACAGAUAACAAGGAAUAAAUGAGUGUUUUUGAGUGAAAUUAUUAAUUGUGAGACUUU